CUCUCUCUCUCUCUCUUCUCCCACACCAUCAUCACAUAUACAGAUAAUACACAAACAUACAUACAGCUCGAUAGAUUAAAAAAUAUAUGUUCUGAUAAAAUAUAGAUACACACAUAUAUAUAAUCCUAGGCCAAUAUAUUGGAAGAAUUUUCUCUCUCUCUGCAUUUUCGGGAGAGAAAUUUCAGAAAACAGAAAAUGAUUUGGAAAAUUGGGAAAUUGGAGCCCUAGUUUUUUUUUUUUGGUCAUUUUCUCUGCCAAUCGAAUUUGUAAGUGAAUUCUGGUAGACAGUUAAUCGGUAAUUUCUUUUGUUUAUUUGGUGGCCUGCAUCAUCGUUUAGCUAAUUGUAAUUCGCGUCGAUCGACAAAGAAAACCUAGAUCGGCGAAAACAAAGGGAAAAGAAAGGAAAAAAGAGUGGGGAAAAAUGCCGUCGCAUGCGGAUCUGGAUAGGCAGAUAGAGCAAUUGAUGGAGUGCAAGCCGCUGACUGAGGCGGAGGUGAAGACGCUCUGCGAUCAGGCGAGGGCGAUUCUAGUGGAAGAAUGGAAUGUGCAGCCGGUAAAAUGUCCGGUGACGGUCUGCGGCGAUAUUCACGGCCAGUUCUACGAUCUCAUCGAACUUUUCCGGAUAGGAGGAAAUGCUCCCGACACAAAUUACCUAUUCAUGGGCGAUUACGUUGACCGUGGGUACUACUCAGUGGAGACUGUCACACUCUUAGUUGCUCUGAAAGUUCGUUAUAGAGAUAGAAUCACAAUUCUUAGAGGAAAUCAUGAAAGUCGGCAAAUUACUCAAGUGUAUGGUUUUUAUGAUGAAUGCUUAAGGAAGUAUGGAAAUGCCAAUGUCUGGAAGUAUUUUACUGAUCUUUUUGAUUACCUCCCCCUGACAGCACUUAUUGAGAGUCAGAUCUUCUGUUUGCAUGGAGGGCUUUCACCAUCACUUGAUACGCUAGAUAAUAUUCGAGCCUUGGACCGCAUACAGGAGGUCCCACAUGAAGGACCAAUGUGCGACCUGUUAUGGUCUGAUCCUGAUGAUCGGUGUGGAUGGGGCAUAUCACCUCGUGGGGCUGGCUACACUUUUGGACAGGAUAUUGCAGCUCAGUUCAACCACACCAAUGGGCUUAGUCUGAUUUCAAGAGCCCAUCAGCUUGUCAUGGAGGGCUAUAACUGGUGUCAGGAGAAGAAUGUGGUGACUGUAUUUAGUGCUCCAAACUAUUGUUAUCGGUGCGGAAAUAUGGCUGCAAUCCUCGAAAUUGGGGAGAACAUGGAGCAAAAUUUCCUUCAAUUUGAUCCAGCACCUCGUCAGAUUGAACCUGACACCACAAGGAAAACCCCAGAUUAUUUUUUGUGAGCUUAUUUUCCUGCCAGGUCUUUGUAGUCCUCGCUUGCUAUUCUCUCUGUAGAUGUGUCUAAAAAGAGGAGUUUUUGCUGUUUGAGGAUUAUUACUACCAUCAUUCUUUUUUUUGUGGCGUUGCUCUGCUGCUGACUUUGAUUAUGUGCUCGGGAUUCUUGCCCAAGAAUUGAUGGGAGGCACCAAGUCUUUUGUCUUGUAUAUUUUUUUCCGGAAUAGAAGGAAGCAGCAAUAACAUGACAUGGUAUAUUGUGUUAUGUAAUGUCAGAAUUUUUAUUUUAGGACACAGGUCUCGGCACUAUUCUGAGUCAGCGCUGCGUGUUUUGAUGACUAA